UCGUCUCUGAAUAGUCGCGGCCAGGCCUACGAAAAAUAAAAAGAGGAUUCCAGAUUAAAGUUUAAACUUCAUUAUCGGCACUCGAUAGCUGUGUAGGUCAUCAUGCAUCUCCUUACAAGACUCUUGGGUUGGCCAUCUAUUACAUGGAGGAGUUGGUUAAAUAUGAGGCACUCUGCUCACAUUGGGGCAUCAAAAAAGUCUAUUUCAGAUUUUCUACAGGUGCAUCCUAGUGUACAAUCAGCAUUGAAUGAAGAUGGAGCUUUAGUUGCCUUAGAGAGUACAAUCAUUACCCAUGGUAUGCCACAUCCGCAUAACCUCAGGACAGCACAGGAAGUGGAGAAACUUGUGAUACAAACUGGUGCUACUCCAGCUACAAUAGCUGUACUAGAUGGAAAGAUUUGUGUAGGCCUCACAGAUAGUCAAUUACAGGGUUUGGCUACAACUCAACAUGCUGUCAAGACAUCCAGGCGAGAUCUUGCAUGGGUAUUGAGUCAGAAAUUUUCUGGAGGAACAACUGUAUCUGGAACUAUGAUAGCAGCUCAUCUAGCUGGUAUUCCUAUUUUUGUGACCGGUGGUAUUGGAGGAGUUCAUCGAGGAGGUGAAACAAGUAUGGAUGUGAGUGCAGAUUUACAGGAGCUUGGACGUACACCUGUCACUGUCGUAUCUGCUGGCAUCAAAUCCAUUUUGGAUAUACCUCGCACCUUGGAAUAUCUGGAAACUCAAGGUGUAACAGUCGCAACGUAUGGAUCCUCAUCAGAGUUCCCAGCAUUCUUUACAAGACAUAGUGGAGUGAAGUCUCCCUGUAAUAUAGGGACAGCUCGAGAGGCUGCUGAACUCAUAGAUACGAACCUUUCCCUUGGUCUUGGAAGUGGUGUAUUGAUUGGAGUACCUAUCCCAGAGGAAUAUGCUGCUGAUGGUGAAAUGAUAGAGGGUGCCAUACAAACAGCCUUGUCAGAAGCUAAUAAUGAAGGAAUCGGAGGGAAAGAAGUAACUCCAUUUAUCUUGAGCAGAGUCAAUGCAUUAACACAAGGAAAAUCCCUUGAAGCCAAUAUUGCCCUUGUCAAAAACAAUGCAAAAGUUGGAAGCAAGAUAGCACUUGAGUUGGCUGCCAUCAGAAGAAAACGCAGAGGGAACCGGUUGUCUUCUAAUAUUCCACACAUUACAAAGAGAGACUAUUCUACUUACGCUGUCAGACACAGGAGUAGAAGAAAUGUCAGGAGACAUCUAUGUACAUCAUCUGCUAGUCCUCCUGUAGUAAUAGGAGCUAGUAUUGUAGACCAUACAGCUUCAUGUCAUGGAGGAGAGCUUGUGUAUGGAGGACAGACGAAUCGUGGUUCAUUUAGGAUUGGGUAUGGAGGUGUAGGAAGAAAUCUUGCAGAUGCCUUGACAAGACUAGGAGCCUCACCUAUUUUCCUCUCUGCCAUUGGAAAUGACUUUGCUGGCCAAGCUCUCCGCAAUAACUGCAGUCAUAUGGAUUUCAGCCGUGUGUCACUACGAGACGAUGUGAAUACAGCAAGCUACUGUGUGGUGCUGGAUAAAAAAGGAGAAGUGGUACUAGGAAUCGGUGAUAUGGAUAUCAAUGACACUAUCACACCUGAGUAUAUAUCCCAGCAUGCAUCUGUAAUCCAAGAAGCUCCUGUAGUUUGCAUGGAUGGUAACAUUCCCAGUGAAUCCAUUGAAUUCAUCUCUAGGUUGUGUGCUGAUAGCAGGGUUCCAUUAUGGUUUGAGCCAACCUGUGUAAUGAAAGCAAUGAAAGUUUGCCAGUCUGAUACCUGGAAGUCUCUUACAUACACCUCACCAAACUUCAAGGAACUUAGACAAAUGUAUGCUGCAAUAGAAGGAGAAGAAACUAUCAACUUUCAAGAUGAUCAGUCAUUCACAGAUAAAGUGAGAGAAUGUCUCCAGCUCAGUAGAGUCUUGUUACGUCACAUCUAUUGUUUGUUCAUAACGCUAGGAGAGGAUGGUAUCUUGAUAUGUCGGAAUGCCGAACCUGAUCAGAACUUUGUCAUCUCCAAACAAGGUUUACAGGACAUUGAGAUGGAUGGUAUGUUUUCAGCUAUGCACUACACAGUCUCAUCUAAUAUUGGUCAAAUCACCUCAGUAUCAGGAGCAGGAGAUUGCCUUGCAGCAGCUUCUAUCGCCAACAUGUUGAGAGGCAAUGAUCCUGAUGUCUGUCUCAGAGCAGGACUUCUCGCUGCACAGCACUCUCUCCAAUCCCAUCAUGCAGUGCCCCCAUCCAUCACUUCAGAACUUUUAUCACCUGACUUUGUAUUGGAUCAUGUGACAGUGGAUCCCAGCAGACUGCAAUGAGUUGAUAAUGGUGUCGUGUGUAAUCACAUGAUCUUCAAUGUUAACAGAGUCCAUUGAGUGUAAUGCAUCACCUUACUACUAGUAUUACCUUGGUGAAUUGAGUGACCAAACAACUGACUUCUGUCUGGAUGAUGUUUCUUUAUGGAUGGAUCAGAGUUGUUUUUUGUUUUCUUGCUUCAUGACACAUCAUUAAUUACUGUACAUGUACUGAAACUGAUUUUUCUCAAUGUAUCGAAUGGUGCAUAUUUCAUGAAACAAAUAUUAAGUGAUAUUCACUGGCAACUGUUAUAAGCUACUGAAACCAUUGCAUCUUAUUGGCUCAGAACAAAUUAGUCAGUGAAAAUAACUGAUUAUUGCUUCAAGAAACACUACCCUGGAUGGACUAAGAAUCAUGUGACUGACCAUAUUUGAAGCUAGUCAAUCUGUAAAUGUGAAAAUCUUCAGCUUACUUCCUGAAAACCAUGACAUUGAAAUUCAUCUGACUUCAGCAAACAAACAUGUACCUUUUUGGUUGUAGGCAAGUUGCUUUAUUUGAAUAAUAACAACAUUCUCAGUAUCUAAAAAAUAUAGAGUCCUUGUCUAAAAAACAAUAUUGAAAAAUUCCUAAAUUAUGCAAAUAAAAUGAAGUAUAACUCGAAUUCUACCAAUAAUAAAAUGCUAGUCAAAGAGGGUUGGCAUCUCCCAGGUGCUAAGGCAGUGCUUCACACAAAAGAAUUUCAGAGUGAUUUAAAAUCCAAAUGACCUAUUUCCCUUCAUGGCUAUGAAAUAGGAGGAUGAAGAAGGCAUAUAUCCUUCUAGGUAAAUAGAGCAAAGCAAUCAAAGAACAGGUAUUAUAAGGUUAUCAAUCUGAACCAAUCAAAUAUCAUAAGCAUCCAUGAAGGAACAGCAGUUAUAUUCAAACAAUUUCAGAUCAGUUAAAUUCAAACAAUAUUAAAAUCAUUCAGACCUGUUCCAUUCAAACAAUCAUUUAGAUCAGUAACAUUCAAACAAUAAUCAUUCAAAUCAGUUACAAUCAAACAAUCAUUCAGAUAAGUUGCAUUCAAACAAUAAAGUCUAAAUCCUUUUUACCUUUAACUAUUUCUUAUGAGAUUUGUGUUUAUGUACACAUAUGGCAAUAAACUUUUAAACACACUCCAUUGUAGUUUUGGGGGUUUGAGAAUUCUAUAAAGCUCUAGAUUUUUUUUUGGGGGGGGGAUGGGGAGAGAUUGCCCCACCUUUCACUCAACUUGGGGCACAGUGGCAUAAGCAGCAGCAUUAGAAAGGGGACUGUAUUUCUCCAUACUUUUGGAAAGGGUCUCUUUCUGGGGAAGAAGGGUCACCUGCCUUGUAGAGUUGCAUAGCCAGAUCAUCUGAGAUGGGAGGUGACAAAUUGCUCUAUUCAUCAUAAAUACUACUGAACUUCACAUAGUCCAGUAAUGCACUCCCCCCUAUUGGGACGGGGAGGAAAUAAAUGAUGCUAAAGGAUCAUAAUAAUCAUUUCCUACACAGUAGGCUCAGCCCCUCCAAAAUUUCACUCUGAUAAUCAGCGAAUAAGCUGACGAUUUCAUUGAUGCAUGCAUCUGAAGCCCUGGUUACAACCGUAGGUGUUGCCAUUGUGUACCCUUGCACAACGGAGGUUGGCUAGCAUGAGUAGCACUAGUUGUAAAGCGAGACACUGUCUCUGUAAGCCGCCUCUGCCUGAGUUUUUUUCCUGCUUGUUAGAAAUUUCAGACUAAGACAUUCUGCAUUGAGCACUGCCGACACACACUGAAAAAUGAAUGCCUAAGCCAUAUGGGGAAAUAGCUUAUUUGAAUUUUAAAUCACUUUGAAAUUCUCUUUUGUGAAGCACCGCCUUUGUGUCUGAAAUAUUCUAACCCUCUGAAGAAUCGUAUAAAAUGUUAAUAUUACAGAAUUUAUAUUUGAAUCCCUUAUAAUUCUGUCAUUUGAUUUAAUUUCUGACACAAACCCAAGUAAUUUUCCAAGACAAUCAUACCUCAGAAUCUUUACAUGAAAAACUUAGAAGAAACUUAAAAGUAUUUUGAAAUACUGUAAUAAUGAUAACAUCAAAUAAGUAGAUGUAAUGUUAUACCAGUAAUAGAAUUGUUGGAUAAGCAAACUUUGUGAGCCAGUGUCCCAAAUACAAAAAAAAGAUAGAAUGGGUGAUUUCUAUUAUGGUGUUGAAAUCUGGUGCUGGAUUUGUAACAGCACCAGCCACAACACCGUACUUGAAAUGAGGCUGGUGUUGGGAUUGACCUUGGAAAAUAUGACAUAUUUCCGGCAGUUCAUGUUGAAGGAUGGUGUUCAAUGUCGUCUGCUGAACCCAGGACUGCGUUGACGAUCUAUGUGCAAUUUCCCCAUUCAGCACCACUAACCCCCAGGGAUUGGGAAAAUCGUGAUUUCAAGUUCGGUGUUGGUGGUAAUGAACUGUUACCUCACGAAUAGGCGGCAAACACGAUGAAACAUCCCCGUAAAAUUAUCUCUUACAGUUAAGAUUAGUGCAAAUGAUUAGAGUUUUAUACAUUUUACAGAAAAAAUUUGAUUCUUGCAGUAAUUAUAAUUUUAUUGCAAUUUCUUUUCGUCUUGUGUAAGUUGAGGUGAUCAGCAGCGCAGAGGCGUGACGUCAUAGGCUAUUGAUAAUGCGAUCAGUAUUGCUCCUCUGAACUCAGCUCGGUGUUGGAGCUUGGUUCAGCAGCCUUUUCACGCUCUCAACACCGAACGCCGUACUUGAAAUCACCCAAUAUAUUGAUAAUUGAUAGUGGUAGAAGUAGGAAGCAAUGAAAGGCAAAGAGCACUCCGUACCUUAAAUCACAGCUAGUGCAUUCCUUUUCUACCAAAACGUCUGCAAAACAUAAUUACAUUUUAUACAGGAUUUUCAAGUUUUCUGUGUGUAGAAAUCUCUUGUGAAAACUGAUUUUGAAAUCUUUUUGGCUUUAGCUCAAGCUGCUGCUUCUGCACUCUGCAUUCAAGAAAUUAUUUGAGAUGUAUCACCAAUUUCACAUGAUGAAAUUUUGUUAAGUACUUUAAUUCCACAAUUGAUUGAUUUAUUAUUAAUACAAUAUACUGUUUAUGGAAAUAACAUGUUAUUUCAAAUUUCCAUCUUUUGAGGAAAGCCAUAUUUUACUUGAUAGUAAUAGUAACUAUAAUGAUAAUUAUAAUGCAACUUAUACAGUGCCAAAUCCUCUCUGUAUAGCAUUUGAGAUGCUUUCCUCCAUGUAAGUAUUCAAUUUGGUAUUCACUCUGUACGCAUACUUUCAUCAUUAUAAUUACAUGUUUAAACUUUAAAGUAUUUAUUUCCUAGGCUAAUUUCUUGGUGCUGUUUUAGGUUAGAUGUUUUAUAUAGUUAGGUAUUAUAUUGGUAGGAAACAACCGUCAUUGUGUUUGGUUUAUCAUGACAGCACCUAACAAGCUGCAAAAAAAACUAUGAAUCCAGUGACUGGGUAAUAAUAAUUUUGAAGUGCUUUGAGCAGUCGUAGAUUGUUAAAGUGGUAUAUAAAAAGCCAAUUAUUAUUAUUAUUAUAAUAUAAAAUAUACUUGAUCAAGAGCAUAAAAAACUAAUAAUUUCAUUUUUAACCUGUUACUAGUCUUAUGCUUGAAUGAGCUUAAUUGAUUGUGGUUCUAAUUUAAGCAAAUCUUACAUGUAGUUACUCUUUUGUAUGCAUCCAGUCCAGUGAUUUUCUCAAAGUGCAUUAAUUAUGAAAUCAUUUUUUUUUUACCAGAGUUCAAUACAGUGUGUGUAUUUUUUUAUUAUAGUAUUAGAUAUGUAUCACCAAUACCAUUCCAAAUUAUUUUCCUAAUAAAGUAUAUGAAUUAUGGAA